AUGGCUGGUGAUGAACAAUCUUCUAAUAUUGGAUAUGCUUGUUUAUAUCCGCAUUGUAAUAAAACUUUUGCUCGGUUAUACAACUUAAAGUCGCAUCAACGUACACAUUCAACUGAUCGGCCAUAUAAAUGUGCUUCUUGUGAUACGGCAUUUGCAAGAAAUCACGAUUUAAAACGACAUCAAAAAAUCCAUGAGAACGCUAAGCCGUAUAAAUGUCUUGGAUGUGCAAAAUUAUUUUCGAGGUUUGUUUGA